AUUUCUCAUUCAACUUAAACAUCUCUAUCACUAUCAAUCAACACAAAACAUACUCUAUCAAAUCAAUGGCUGGUGUCAAGCUUCUUGGAUUCUGGGCUAGUCCUUACGCGAACCGGGUUCAGAUAGCUUUGAAUCUGAAAUCCAUAAGCUACGAAUACAUUGAGCAGAAUCUCCGUUCCAAGAGCCAACUCCUCCUGGAAUCCAAUCCUGUUCAUAAGAAAGUCCCUGUGCUCAUUCAUGGUGACAACCCCGUCUCAGAGUCCCUUGUGAUUCUUGAGUACAUUGAUGAGGUUUGGACUCAAGGUCCAUCCAUUCUUCCCUCUGAUCCUCAUGAUCGUGCCGUUGCUCGCUUUUGGGCUGCCUAUAUUACUGAUAAGUGGUAUCCGCUAAUAUCAGAAUACAGACUAGCGGAAGGAGCUGAGGCAAAGGCCGCGGUGAAAGAGAAAAUUCUUGAAGGAGUAGUGCUCUUGGAGGAAGCUUUUGUGACAUGUAGCCAAGGGAAAGGUUACUUUGGUGGGGAGAAUAUUGGUUACAUUGACCUUGUACUUGGAAGUCUUUUGGGUUGGCUGAGGGCAAGAGGAGAGACACAGGGUAUCACAUUCCUGGACAAGACCAAAGGGCCAGAGCUUUCUGCUUGGGCUGAUAGAUUCAGUUCGCACUCUGCUGUCACUGGUGUAUUGCCAACUUCUGAGAAAGUGAUCGAGUUCAUCAAAAGUUUCACCAGGCCUAACUGAUCAGGCUUUUACGACUUAAUAAUUUGUUUCCUUUGGUGGCUUUCGGAGAGAUUGAUAUAGGACCAGUUUCAUGUUGCUGUGCCUAGCUGUUGUUUUUUAAGGUUGUACUUUUCUUAAUUAUUGCCAAGAUUUCAUAAUGGUAAUGCAAGUAAUUGUUGUUUGCAA